AUGGGAUGGUACGUGUUCGGUGCCAAGUGGAACCGAGGGUUCAACUUGUCGCCAUCGAGGUUGAUGCGGUGACGUUGAUGGCCCAUUGAUGAGGGCAACAAACACAAGCAGCCACAGGUUUGACUUGAAAGAAAGCGACACCUGUAGCUAGCUAGCUCUGUUGGAAGGUUGUUGAAUAGAAGACGCAAACUUUUUGUCAGCGCCACUUUUCUCGAGCUCGAUCAAAACGGCUCUUCCCUUAUCCAUCCAGGUCAAGUUUUUCCUGCAAUAUUUAGCCACCAAAGGGUUCUUUUUGUUCAUUACUAUACUGCACAUUUUCCAAGAUGAAGUUGACUUCAGGAGCUCUGCUGCUGGCCUUGGCGGCCAUGGAGGCAAGUCUUGGUCAGGCCGUCCAUUCUGGCCUUUCUCAAGCCCUUGGUGUUGCAAGAACAAAUUCUCUGCUCGUGAGAAACCCAGGCUGGGCGUUGAAUAUCCGAGGUGGAUCCAUGGCUGUAGGGGAUGACGAAGAUGAAGAAGAAGCAGAAAAACCAAAGAAAAAAGCAUCGUCCAAAAAGAAGAAAAAGAAAAAGUCCAAAGCUGCAGAAAAGAAAGCAAAGACUGCCGAAAGCAAGGAUGAAGCUCAAGACUUGUCCACUGCCAUUCUGGGUGGUUCUACUGCAAGAAAUUCCAUGCAGGUCUUCUCCUAUUCCACUGAGGAAGAAGGACAUUCCGUAGUCGGCAUGACCGAAGAAGCACUCGAAGAAAUGGGUCUCUUUGAAGGGGAUCCCGUAUCCAUCAAGGGAAAGCGUGGUAAGAAAACUAUAGCUAGUGUGGCUGUGGUAGCCAAAUCCGACGUAUCCUCUCUAGUCGAUGGAAAGAAGGAGGGACAACUCCCCAUUGGCAUGUCCCCGGAUGCCAUGAAAAAUGCUGGGGUCCGGGCGGGAGACGCCGUCACGGUAGUCCCUGCUCCCAAUGUCAAGUUUGGAAAGAGUGUUUUGCUCCUCCCCUACAAAGACUCACUCGCAUCCGCUGGAAUCAAGGAAAAGGAAAUGGAAAAGGCUGGCAUUUUUGAUGACUAUCUCAAUCCAUACUUCCAAGGGAAGUUCCGAGCCUUACACAAGGGUGACGCAUUCCAUAUCAAGGGACCCCUUGGAGAGCUAGAGUUUCAUGUAGUGGAAAUCGAUUCGGUAGAAGAGGAUGGUGAUACAGAGUGCAUCGUUGUAGAUGAAACACUUAUUGAAUGCGACGGAGACCCGGUGGACAGAGAUGAAGCGGACGAUCUGGACGGUCACGGAUACGAUCAGAUUGGAGGGGCCAAGAAGCAUUUGGCAGCAGUUCGGGAACUAGUGGAGCUACCUCUUCGUCACUCGGAACUAUGGCGCAAGCUAGGAAUCAAUCCACCAAGGGGUGUCCUUUUGACUGGUCCAUCAGGAUGCGGAAAGACAGCCAUGGCAAAAGCAGUGGCGGCGGAGACUCAGGCUUACUUCUUUGUCAUUAAUGGCCCAGAAGUCAUCUCUAAGAAGGCUGGUGAGAGUGAAACAAACUUGCGUCGUGCAUUCGAAGAUGCCGAAGCCAAUGCGGCGGAAUAUGGUGGAGCCAUCAUCUUUAUUGAUGAAAUUGAUUCAAUCGCCCCAAAACGUGAAAAGGCUGGCGGUGAAGUAGAGAAGCGUAUCGUUUCGCAACUGUUGACUCUCAUGGACGGCCUGAAGCCUACAUCAAAGGUUGUGGUCAUCGCUGCUACCAAUCGUCCCAAUGUCAUCGAACCUGCACUUCGGCGUCCUGGCCGUUUUGACCGCGAACUUGACAUGGGUAUACCAGACGAGGAGGGCCGUCUCGAGAUUCUUCAGAUCAAAACACGGGACAUGCGAUUGGGAAAAGACGUGGAUCUUGAGCUAUUGGCUCGCAAUACACAUGGUUACGUCGGGGCUGAUCUGCAACAGCUGUGCAUGGAAGCAGCCCUGGAAUGUAUCCGAAGCAAAAUGGGAUUGAUCGACUUUGAUAAAGAUCGGGUCGACAAACAGAUCUUGGACAGCAUUCUGGUCGAGGGCAAACAUUUUGACCAUGCUAUUGGCAUUGUGCAUCCUUCGUCCCUUCGAGAAAACCAGGUCGAAGUUCCCGACGUGCAUUGGGACGACGUUGGUGGGCUCGAAGAUGUGAAACGGGAAUUGCACGAGACAGUCCAAUACCCCGUGGAACACGCUGAUAAGUACAUCAAAUUUGGCAUGAGCCCGAGCAAGGGUGUUCUUUUCUAUGGUCCACCCGGUUGCGGUAAAACUUUGCUGGCAAAGGCAAUUGCCAACGAGUGCGGAGCAAACUUUAUCAGUAUCAAAGGUCCCGAAUUGCUAACACAAUGGUUUGGUGAGAGUGAAGCUAACGUUCGAGAGUUGUUCGACAAGGCCCGUGCCGCUAGUCCCUGUAUUCUGAUGUUUGACGAGAUGGAUUCAAUUGCGAAAACUCGUGGAAGUGGAGGGGCCGGAAGCAGCGAGGCAGGAGAUCGUGUCAUCAAUCAGAUCCUGACUGAGAUUGAUGGUGUAGGCGCCCGAAAGAACGUCUUCGUUAUCGGAGCUACAAAUCGACCCGAUAUUCUUGAUCCUGCUGUGAUUCGUCCUGGGCGUUUGGAUCAAUUAAUUUACCUCCCGCUUCCAGAUCUCAAGAGUCGUUUGGCUAUCUUCGGCGCCCAGCUCCGAAAGGCUCCCUUGGAUCCAUCCGUUGAUAUGGAGGUUCUUGCUCGUUCGACCCAGGGCUUUAGUGGGGCCGAUAUUGCUGAAAUCUGCACAACGGCAUCCAAACUGGCCAUUCGGGAGGCCAUCUUGGCAGCGGAAGAGAGGAAUAAGAAAAUCGAGGAAGGAGAAAUCGACGAGGACGAAGCUGGCUCCUCUGAGGUCGGCAGCCACAUGUUGAUCGGCAAGCGGCACUUCAAUUUCGCCAUGAGUCGAGCACGACGAAGUGUUACCGAAAAAGACCUGGCCCUCUUUGAAGAGUUCGCGGAAAAGCAGAAAGCAGGACGGGGAGAAGCUGCCUCCAACUUUAAGUUCGAUACAGCACUUGCUGGAUCCGAGGAAGAUGGCGAAGCGAUAGAAGACGAUCUUUACGAGUAAACAGCUCACUCGUAAAGUCAAUAUGCGCUCCAUCAGCACCUGCAUCACCAUAAACCAGCUAUCGUGUAUGAUUGAAACAGUCAACGUUAUUUUGUUUGUUUUAGAUACGAAGGGUGCCAGCUUUUUCGUUUCUGUGUUGAGAUGUUUCGACGAACCACUGCUUCUUUAGACUUUCAACGCGGUUGCCGUUCAUUUGGCUUGCGUGCCGUUUC